UUCCCAGAAUAUUUUGUUGUUUGAAUAUCUGAACAUGCAAUACAUCCAAAAAAAAAAAAAAAAAAAAAAAAAAAAAAAAAACUUGUAUUGCAGCUUCAUGCAUUCUUUUUAUCAUCACUUGAAUGUGGGUAACUUUCAUUAAAAAAAGCAACAUUUUGAACAAAGAUGAGAAAAUCGUGUUGUUUCCCUCCAAAGACUACAACAUGCAUAAACAAUACAACCAAGAGCAAUAAGCAGAAAUGAGUAUUGUGUGUGCGUUUGUGUGUGUGUGCAUGUGUGUUUUUGUGUGCAUUAUAUCUCACCCCUUCAUAUCUGCAUUUGUGGCUAAUUUUGUGGCAGCCCCACCUCUGUCUGUGUAUGUGUGUGUGUGUGUGUGAGAGAGAGUGAGCAUGCCUGUUCUAAAUUGCAUUUGUGCUCUAGUACCAGACCUUCAUUUCUGUGCUGAAAUGUUCAGAUUUCUGGCAGAUUUAUUUAUUUUAUUAAAAAAUGAAUAAUAAAAAACUCUUACACCUUUUCACCUUUCCCAUUCAUUUUCAAUGUGACAAUGAGUGUGACUUUUUUAGAACAACCUAAACAAGCCCAGUGUGUGUGUGUUUAGAAAGACAAUGUAACAAAAGUUCAAAGUCACUGAGAUGAAGGAAACCAUGUUUUUUUUAAUGAGGGAAACAUCAAAUGGGGUCUAAACAGACCCCAAAGAGAAUAUGUGUCACAGACUUCGGCGAACUCUUACCACCAAUCCACCGUGACCAUCUCCAGCCACUUCUCCUUCACCUGCACCAGCGAACACCUCAGUCAACACCACCAGCUCUCCUUCACCGCCGUUGUACGCCAGUCCCAUGGCCAAACCAGCGCUCUACUCAGGAUCAGCGGAGGACUGCAGCGGAUUCCUGCUGCAGUGCGAACUGGUCCUGGAGAUGCAGCUGCACCUGUACCCAAGCGAUACUUCCAAAAUCGCCUUCCUCAUCUCUCAGUUAAGCGGCAAAGCAUUAAAAUGGGCCGAUUCCAUCUGGUCACAACACGGUGCAGUCAUGCAAUCCUACUCUGCGUUUAUUUCCCAUUUCUGGGAGGUGUUCGGGAAGCCGAUUACAGAUUCGUCAGCUGGUGAGAAACUCUACAAUCUUAAACAAGGCUCUAUGUCUAUUUACGAUUAUGCUUUGCAAUUCAGGACGCUUGCUGCUGUUAGCGGAUGGAACGAACAAGCUCUGAUAACCACAUAUCGUCAAGGAUUGGAACCCCGGGUACGGCUGCAUCUCGCUGCAUACGAGGAUUCCAUCGGCAUCGAAGUUCAUCCAGCUUUCCAUCCGCUGCGCCACUCGUAUGCAGGCGUGCCUCCAAGAGCACCAGGACCAGUCACUUCCCAACAUGCUCCUCUGCCGGUCCGAACCCAUCAGCUCCCCAGAACCAGCCAACGAACCUAUGGAUAUAGAAAACUCUCAUUUAACUCCCUCCGAGCGCCAUCGUCGGCUGACCCUGAACCUGUGUUUGUAUUGUGGCGCCCCCGGGCAUGCGAUUGCAGCGUGCCCCACACGACCUCCUCGACCCAUGGUGAGUGCCAUCAUCCUUUCUAUUCAGAAAAUGAAACCACUCACCACUGUCGUCAAUCUUACUGCCGCUGAUAUCUCCCUUACAGUGUUUGCGCUCCUCGACUCAGGGUCAGCCGGCAAUUUCGUCUCCGGCGCCCUCUGCCGGCAGCUUCAUCUCAAGACCUCUCCAUCUCCGACGAUCUACCAGAUCAACUCCAUAACUGGCAAGCCUCUCAGCCGUAAGCACGUGCGUACAGUGGCAGGACCUCUCAAAUUGCAAGUCGGUCUUCUACACCAAGAGGAAUUACAUCUGCUGGUUCUGGAGGAUUCCACCGCUGACGUGGUUCUGGGGUGCCCCUGGUUGGAGCAGCAUAAUCCUACCAUCUCCUGGAAGACUGGCGAAAUCCUGAAGUGGGGCGAAAACUGUUUCUCUCGGUACCUGGCUGAACUUCCUGUACCACGAACUCCACCUUCCGAUCUCUCUCUUUCUUUCUUUCUCUCUCUCUCUCUCUCUGUGCAACAUCCAUUGAGAGCCCCGUUGAGAAAUGCUCCAUCGACAUUCCCAAAUGUUACGCCCCCUUCAGCGACGUCUUCUGCCCACAAAGGGCUUCCAAGCUGCCUCCACACCGGCCAUGGGACUGUGCCAUUGAUCUGCUUCCGGGUGAACCAGUGCCAAAGGGUAAGAUCUACCCACUAUCCAUCCCGGAGGAGAAGGCCAUGGAGGAUUACAUCAAGGAGGCCCUCGCUCAAGGAUACAUCCGGCCGUCUACUUCCCCCUGCUGCUUCCAGCUUCUUCUUCGUGGCUAAAAAGGACGGAGACUUGUGGCCCUGUAUCGACUAUCGCUCACUCAACAAGAUCACCGUGAAAUUCAGAUAUCCCCUUCCUCUCGUCCCAGCGGUCCUGGAACAUCUCCGUGGUGCCACUGUGUUCACGAAGUUGGACCUCCGCAGCGCGUAUAACCUCAUCCGGAUACGUGAGGGGGACGAGUGGAAGACCGCCUUCAUUACUCCUACUGGCCACUAUGAGUACCUUGUGAUGCCGUAUGGCCUGGUCAACGCCCCCUCUGUAUUCCAGGACUUCAUCCAUGAGAUGCUCCGGGAGUUUCUCCAUCGCUUUGUCCUAGUAUACAUCGACGACAUACUCAUCUACUCCCGGAGCCAGGCCGAACAUCGCCGAUACGUUGCGGAGGUCCUCACCCGCCUACGUCAAUUCCACCUGUUCCUCAAAGCGGAAAAGUGUUCUUUCCAUCAGCCUACAGUGUCAUUCCUGGGAUACAUCAUUGACCACAGUGGCAUCCGGAUGGACGAGAGGAAGGAAUCCAUCAAAGGAAUCCAUCAAAACCUGGCCAGAAUCCUCAACCAUUAAAGAAU